CAAGAGAAGAUGGAGAAGUUUUUCAGAUUUGAUGCACCAAACUCCAUUGUUGGCUAAAGAUGAUAUUCAACUGAACGCCAUCCAGCCCUUUCUUUCUCUCUGUGUUUUGCCGUUCCGCUUCCAUCUCUCUCUCUCUCUCUCUCUCUCUCUCUCUCUCUCUUAGAAUUUGAUCGGAACUUGAGCUUGUCAACGGCCGGCGGCGAGAGGGAUGGCGGCAGCGGUCGGAGGAGGUAACGGAGGUGGUGGAGAUGUGUCGAGGGCGCACGCGGCUAUGGCUUUGGUGCAGUUGAUCAAUGGAGGGUACCAUGUUAUUACCAAAGUCGCCCUCAAUAUUGGGAUGAACCAGCUCGUGUUUUGUUUGUUCCGCGACUUGUUGGCGCUCGCGAUUCUUGCCCCUGUUGCUUAUGUCCGGGAGAAGCGGGUUCGUUUGCCUAUGACUCGAGACCUCUUCGUAUCGUUCUUUAUUCUUGGUUUAACGGGGAUUUUUGGGAACCAGCUUCUCUUUCUUGUUGGACUGGGUUACACUAAUCCAACUUAUGCUGCUGCCAUACAGCCUGCCAUUCCAGUUUUUACAUUCCUUUUUGCUGUUAUGAUGGGCACAGAGACUGUGAACUUCCUUAAACUUGAAGGACAGGCUAAGGUUGGAGGUACACUUGUUUGUGUCGCUGGUGCCAUAUUGAUGGUUUUAUUCCGUGGUCCAGCUUUGGUUGGAAACAGUGAACAUGACUUCAACUCGCAUAACGAGAUAAGUGCGAGGGGUCAGCCAGAGCCUGCUGGAUGGCUAAUGUCUAGCUUUCUGGAGUAUGGCCUCGAUUAUUUUCACAUUGGGGUUUUAUGCUUGAUAGGAAACUGUAUGUGCAUGGCAGCUUUCUUGGCCAUCCAGGCACGGGUGUUAAAGAAGUAUCCUGCCAACUUAUCUGUCACAGCAUAUUCUUAUUUAUUUGGUGCUAUAUUGAUGGUGAUCACGUCUUUCUUCAUGACCAACGAAUCCACAGACUGGAAUUUGACGCAAUCAGAGUUUUUUGCUGUCCUUUAUGCUGGAAUUUUUGCAUCUGCAAUCAAUUAUGGACUCCUGACAUGGUGCAAUAAAAUAUUGGGGCCUGCUUUGGUCGCUCUUUACAACCCACUUCAACCUGCGGCUUCUGCACUUCUAUCAAGAGUUUUCAUCGGAAGCCCUAUUUAUCUUGGAAGUGUUCUAGGGGGGUCUCUAAUUAUUGCUGGUCUUUAUUUGGUGACUUGGGCGUCGCAUAGUGAGCGACAAGCGACUCUGGUUUUGCUACCUCAUUCAAGCAGGUCCUCUGAGCCACUUAUUCACAAAGAUGCUCCAUUGACUAACAAGUUUGCAUAUCAGAUAGGACACAUGUUCUCGGGGUCUGCUUCAUCACCAAAAUCUGUAGAUUAGACCAAACUUUCGAUGGGAUUUUUUAUGUAAAGUUUUCACAGUUCAACCUUUUCAAAAGGUGGCCUCAACUCAACUGCGGUUUUGUUUAAAAACCUUCAUCUUUUAAAAGCUACAAAUGUUGUAAUUUUCAAUGGGAUUACAUGAUGAUUCAUUAUUCUGCCUGCUCCCUGUAUUGCUAUCAUAAUAUUUUUGCUGAAUAAGCUAUCAGAGGUCAAAAUAGAAAAGAACCAUGUUACUUUAUUGUA